UAUGGUUACGUGUGCGCUCCCGCUACUAAGCGACAAGAUGGCGGUCGCCGCCGGAUCAGGCGUUAAGGUUCCUCGUAACUUCCGGCUGCUUGAAGAGCUGGAAGAAGGUCAGAAAGGUGUGGGGGAUGGGACGGUGAGCUGGGGAUUGGAAGAUGAUGAGGACAUGACCUUAACAAGAUGGAGAGGGAUGAUCAUUGGCCCUCCUAGGACAAUCUAUGAAAAUCGGAUGUACAGUCUGAAGGUUGAAUGUGGUCCCAGAUAUCCAGAGGCACCACCGUUUGUCAGAUUUGUGACUAAGAUCAACUUGAAUGGUGUGCACAACUCCAAUGGCGUGGUUGACACACGAGCAGUGUCUGCACUGGCCAAGUGGCAGAACUCAUACAGCAUCCGUGUGGUCCUGCAGGAGCUCAGACGACUCAUGAUGUGCAAGGAGA